AUGGACAAUGCUGCAAAUCUCAACAGUCGUUUGAUGGAAGAAGUGUGCCAUCAAUUUAAGAUUAUGUAUCAGAAUUCCACUCCUUAUCAUCCAAAGGUGAACAGUGUUGUGAAAGCUGCCAACAAGAACCUAAAGAAAAUACUCCACAAAAUGAUUUCAAUUGGUGAAAUUCCUUACUCGUUGAUUUAUGGAACAGAAGCAGUUAUACCUGCAGAAAUUGAGAUUCCAUCUCUUCGAGUAGUUGUGGAAGCUAAAAUUGAUGAUGAUCAAUGGGUCAAGGCUCAAUUGGAGCAAUUAAUCUUGAUUGAUGAAAAAAGAUUGAUGUCAAUUGAAGUCAAAUACAAAUUUUCUCCUAAUUGGCAAGGGCCAUUCAUGGUGAAGAAAGUAUUACCUAAUGGCGUGUUAUAUCUGACUGGUGUAGAAGGAAAAAUGGAAGAAAUGACGGUCAAUGCUGAUGAGCAUCAAGAUGCAAUGUAUAAGCUGGUGGAAGAAAAGUUGGAUCUUAUGUUAGUGGUUGGUGGUUGGAACUCAAGUAACACUUCACAUCUACAGGAGAUUGCUGAAAAACGUGGAAUUCUCUCAUACUGGAUGGACAAGAAAGAGAAUUUCUUACCAGACGGUCCUAUUACAGUUGGGGUGACAUCUGGUGCUUCCACUCCUGGUAAGCAAAGCAAGCACAAGGUCGACAUGCCUGCUCAGCUGCUUCAAUUGUAA